AAUUUAUUUGACCAAUUCGUAAUAUUUUUCAUUUUAUCGAACGCGGAAUAUCUUGUUCGAUGAGUUGUCAGAUUUUUUGCAGUUCUUCGACACCCUUUGAACUGUUCCAGCCGUAGUUCACGUGCUCGAAUCAUUUCUGUCAUCUGUCAUCGCAUCUGUCAUCCUCGUUUAGAGACAGUCAUAUGAUUUGGUUACGUGCUCUCAACACAUUCAGUUCUUUGCGUGUCUCGCAAACGUAUGUAAAUAGUACAGCGCGUCCCAUCCGAUAAAUCCAAGUCUGUAUUUUGGUAUAAAAAAGGGGGAAAAAUGGGUAAUAGAUCCAGUCUUCUUCUGCGGGAGGAUGAAAUAGCGCAGAUACAGAAUGCAACUGGUUUUACACCAAAUCAAAUAGAACGGCUGUACAGUCGUUUCACGAGUCUGGAUCGUGGCGAUUGUGGAACCCUCAGCCGAGAGGAUUUUCUUAGGAUCCCAGAACUGGCGAUAAAUCCGCUUGGUGAGAGAAUAGUGAACGCCUUUUUCGAGGAGAGCGGAAACGACAGAGUGAAUUUCUUGCAAUUCAUGCAAGUCCUGGCUCGUUUUAGACCAAUAAAGAAGAACAGUCCUAAUCGAUUGAACUCCAGGCAGCAAAAGUUGAGAUUUGCAUUUAAAAUGUAUGACUUGGACAACGACGAUUUGAUCUCCAAGGAUGAAUUACUUGCUAUUUUACAUAUGAUGGUUGGCGCCAAUAUUAGCGAGGAGCAAUUAACCAGCAUUGCGGAACGAACUAUACUGGAAGCUGAUGAAAAUGGUGAUGGAAUGAUAUCCUUUGAAGAGUUUUGCAAAGCAUUGGACCGUACAGAUGUUGAGCAAAAGAUGUCUAUAAGAUUUCUCAGUUGAAUUAAAUAUUAUAUACCAAAUAUAAUGUAAAAUUUAUAUUAUAUUUAUAGAAAUAGGUGUUGAGAAAUUAUAUAGUGAAUUUCUAUUGCAAAAUUA